CAACAAACGCAAAACUGCGGAGAACGGGCGGGUUCCGCGCUUUCCGUUUGUGCGCCGGUUGCGAAUUUGCCGAUGCGCCCUCCCGCGAACGGAAGCGGAGCCCUUUGAGGGCAGGACCGGGAGGCGUUCGCCGGCAGGAAACAUGUCCGCGGGCCGGCCGUUCGGCGGGUGCGCCUGCUUCUUCACCGACAACAUCUUCGUGGGGCGGUUCGGGCUGCACGUGCGGUACCGGGACGGGCCGCAGCUCCGCCGGGACCACGGCCGGGCGCUGCGGGAGCGCGGCUGCCGGAGCGAGGAGCAGUUCCGGGAGGUGCUGAGGGAGAUUGAGGCAGAAGUGCAGAGAAGAAAAGAGUUAAUCCAUCAGUCAGUGGAACGCAGAGCCAUCAUCUCCAAGUGCUACAAACCAAAACACCCAGAGGUGUACACGCUGCAGGAUUCCUUCCUGGCCCCGGAGUUUCUGGAAAUUGUGAGGUUCUGCACAUCUCCAGGUGCUGAUCUCCAGGGCCUCCUGAGCUUCCUCGAGACCUUCUCAGACAAGAGGAUCUAUCGACUGCCAGUGUUCACAGAGGAGUUCUGCCAAGCCUUUGUGGAGGAGCUGGAGAACUUUGAGCAGUCAGAUAUGCCUAAAGGCAGGCCCAACACCAUGAACAACUACGGGGUUUUGCUGAACGAGCUGGGCAUGGACGAGCCUUUCCUGACGCCGCUGCGGGAGCGGCUCCUGCCGGUGACGGCGCUGCUGUACCCGGAGCUGGGCGGGGGCUGCCUGGACAGCCACAAAGCCUUCGUGGUCAAGUACGCCCUGCACGAGGACCUGGACCUCAGCUCCCACUAUGACAACGCUGAAGUCACCUUGAACGUUUCCCUGGGAAAGGAAUUCACGGAAGGGAACUUGUACUUCGGGGAGUUCAGCCAGGAUCCCGCCCCCGUGCCGCAGUACCUGGAGGUGGAGCACGUCCGUGGCCGGGGGCUGCUGCACCGAGGGGGGCAGAUCCACGGCGCGCUGCCCGUCGCCUCCGGGGAGCGCUGGAACCUCAUCGUGUGGAUGAGAGCCUCGGCCGUGCGGAACCGCCUCUGCCCCAUGUGCCGCAGGAAACCCGAGCUGGUGGAGGCGGAGGGGUUCGGGGACGGCUUCACCGAGCCCCUGGGGGAGCAGGAGGAGCCGCAGACCGUGGAUCUCUGUGCCCUGGGCUAGCACGGGCCGUGAUUUCACCCAAAGCUCCUUUCUGACCUCCCAGGCUGCGAGGAGCAGCUCUCACCUUGGGAAGGGAUGCAAAGCCAGCCCUGCCAGGAUUCCAGCUGGAAGAGCUGGGCUUGGCUCCUGAGGGCUCAGGCUGGGGCUGGAGGACUCCGUAAGGCACAGAAACCCCAACUCUGGUUCCCUGCAGCAGCUCUGUCAAUAUUGUCAACACCCAAAGCUGCUGGGCCCCUGUGCCCACAGCAGCGCCCCGAGUCCCGCUGGAAAUGGGGAAGAAGGGCACAAUAAAGCAUUUCCCUGCUG